AUGGCAUCAUCAUCGUCGUCAUCGAAUUCGCCAUGCGCGGCGUGCAAAUUCCUGCGACGCAAGUGCCAGCCAGAGUGUGUAUUUGCACCCUACUUCCCACCGGACCAGCCGCAGAAGUUUGCAAACGUUCACAAAGUGUUCGGGGCAAGCAACGUCACCAAAUUGCUUAACGAGUUGCACCCCCACCAGCGUGAGGACGCCGUCAACUCUCUUGCCUACGAGGCUGACAUGCGCCUCCGCGAUCCCGUCUACGGCUGCGUUGGAGUCAUCUCUCUCCUCCAACACCAACUCCGCCAGCUUCAGAUGGAUCUUACCUGUGCCAAAUCCGAACUCUCCAAAUAUCAGAACCUGCAGCACGGCCUCACUGCCAGCCACGGUCUCAUAGCCGCCGCCGCCGCUGCUGCCGCAGCCCACACCCACCACCCUCUUCAUUUACAGUCCUCCUCCUCCACCUUACACAACAACAACAACAACAACUUGGGGAUGGGAAUCAAUCUCAUUUCAGGUGGCGGCGGAGGCCGAGAUCACUACCCCCACCAGUUUUUCCCUAGAGAUCGAGACCAUCAACAUCAGCAACAGAUGAUGAUCAGGAGUUUUGAUGCCGGAAACAACUACGAUGCAAGCCUUUUAGCCAUGAACGUCUCCGCUGCCGCGGGUGGCAUUCAUGGCCAACUCACUCAUCAGUUCCAGCAACCUAGGGCUGCUGCUGGAGACGAUCGCCGAACCAUUGAUCCCUCUUAA